AUGAACUUGGCGGCUAAGCGAGUUAUCGAUUUGGCGGACGACGGCUGCGCGAUCGUCGACGUUGUCACUUCGACGACGUCUAAUCGAUCCGCUUCUGAAUAUUGACCUUUUCUGAGAAAGUUGGCACUUUUUUCCAAAGUUUUUCCUUUUUUUUCCGCUUUGACAACACUGUCAACUACGAAUGGUUUCAAGACUUUUUGAUGCUUUUCGAGGGAGUCUCUCACGAGGGAAGUCGAUUUACUUGGCUCUGAAAAUUGGCCAGAACACUCUUCGAUGUACCAGAAGAAGAUUCUGAAAAUCUCAACCUGUACAACUAUCUAGUUUUCGAGAAAAGACGCUUUAAAGUCACAGGGAACCUUUAAAAUUCAUGAAAAUAGGCUAUUUUGAGGCUUUCAGCCCUUAUUUCCUAAAAACUAGGAAAAUGUGCAGGUUGAGACUUUCAGGAUCUUUAACUGGUACAUCAAGGAGAGUUCUGGCCGAUUUUCAGGAAAAUCCCAAGCACCUCCCUUGUCAAUUGGACAUCAAAAGAACUCUUACCAAGAAUUUAAUCGUCCACCUUGAUUCUUGAAAGAUUCAAAAAACUUGAUGGUGUGACAUUUUUUUUUUUGAUUCUUUGUUAUCGCUCUAUUGCAACUUCCUUUUUUUAAUUUCAUAACCGUUCGAACUUGAGAUAAUUUUGAAAAGAUUCAAGUUUGCGAUGAGAAAAUUUCAAGGUUGUGUUUGGUUUUUUAGUCUUUGGCCUAAACUAGAAUUUGUUCAAGAAAGGCGUUUUUGAUGGAUUUGACUUCCAGUGAGCUCACGUUUACAUAUUCCACCUACAUGUUCCUGAAAAAAAGUUUUAAAUUUUUGAAAUCUUGUCCUCAUCUUCAAAUCGAAAUCUUUGCCGUUACCAUCUUGUGAUGCUUUCGUUUUUCUACGGAAUGUUUCCAGAACCAUGAUGAGACCCAGAAGCGCGGCGUGGCUGCUCGUCGUCACGCUGCUCGCCGAGCAGAAGACGUCGGCGGCGCCCGCCGUUUGCCGAUCUUGUGCCAAAAACUGCUUCGCCCAGAACUCCACCAUCGUUUCCGGCAGGUUCGUUUUCCUUUCUGAAACUUGGAUUCUCUGAAAAUGGUGCUUUUUGAAUAGAGCACAGAGCUUGUCUGUGUGCCCAGUAAUUUAAAAAAAAACCGGAAACUUCGGAAGAAUGAAAUUGGCGCCAAUGAGACGCCGAUCGGAUGUGUGUGUGUGUGUGUUUUCCCAAGAACCUUUCUUAUCUCAACUCCUCCGACCGAUGGAGACGUCGGGCCCGUGGCGACGUGUUCGACCUUUCAAGAUCCGCACGGAAGUCGUCAAUCUUUCUCGAAUUUCUCGUCACUUUGGCUGAAAAGAAGUAGGAGAGAAGAACGGGAGACUACCGUGGGGUCAGUCGAACCCAGUUAGAUCUCGAUGGCAGAUCUGACAAGUCCGAAGGCGUCGAGAUGGCGCCAAACAGACGUCGCAGACUUUUUAAUUGCCGAUUUUGAUGGACGACCUCUCGAGAUCAAUCCGUUUCUUCUGUGAAGCUCUCGAGUGGUCGGCCACGUGAGAAGGUCGUUCCGAAGGUUUCCAAGUCACGUAUUUUAUGGCCCGUGGCAUCACUCGGUUGGCUGUACGAGACGAUUAAUGGAGUUUAAUUGGACCUGAGGAAAAAAAAAAUUUGAUCUUUGGGGUUAGGUACAGGAGUGUCAUCAUUGAGAGGAAAGUCUUAAUAUUUUUCAAAAAAAAAUAAAUGAGUAUGGGAAAGUUACAUAUUUUCAACAGAAUAUAAUAAGUACUUGAAGAAGUUGUUAGUGGAAAGUAUUGGAAGACUUUUUACCUGAGUUUUUUUUUGCUACGAAUUGCAAGUAGUAUCGCCAGGUACAUUUUUUUUUAAUAAUUUCAUUUAUUUACAGGCAGAUAAUAUUGUUAAAAAUAUUUUUUUUCUGCCCUUUCCCGAGUUUCAAUUGGAUAUUGCAGCAACGCGACGCUGUCAACGGUGGACGUCGACCUGAUGGCCGAACUCGAGGCGAACGAGGUGGAGCCGCAGCAUCGGAGGACGAGACGCGACACGGUGGAACAGCGUGCGUGCUCCCGGUUCCAAGUCGAGAUGCUCCUGAUUCCGCUCGCCAUCGCCAUGAUCCCACUCGUGCUCUGCGCCUUGUUCGUCUGCACUUGCUGCUGCGGUCCCAAAGAGUCCAGAGGUUCGUAUUUUCUAGAGCCUCUUUUUUCUGGUGUUCCUAAAGGUCUCGAUUUUUGGAAAUACGUUUAAUUUUCAAAAUCUUAAAUAUUGAUCAUUUCGUGACACUGCUACGAAAACGGGUGCAAAAUGGCCGCGAAAAGGUUCCAUUUUGUGGCCAUUAUUGAGCCUUUCUUUCUUGGUGCGCUAAAAAGGCUCAAAAAAGAGUGAAAAAAGGGAGAGGCCGCAAAAAGGGUGCGAAAAGGGUGGUGAAAGUCUCGACCAUUAAUGAUUUCCGAUUUUAUUACUGUAGCCCAUUUUGGUUCAUACACAGCUCUUGGUGAAGAUUAUUCUUAACUUAAAAACUUUUUGUUUCUCAAAGGGCCCAAAAAGGUUGGAUAAAGGCCGAUGAAAGGACGGAAAAAGGCAGUAAAAAGGAAAUGUUGCAACCCCUUUAGGAACAAUUAAUGGAACAUUUUUAAUCCGUAACGGUCGCUCAAAAGGCCUGUAAAGGGUCCUUUCGACUUUUUCUAGGAAUAGAGAGAGAUAAGUAUUUAUGUAGAUCAAAGACUUUGAAACGUUUAAUUUUUAGUUUGAAAAAUUUGAUUUUUUGAUUUUUCUUAUUCCUUUCAACAAUUAUUCGUCGGAUUAUCAGAGUUAAACUUUUUUUUUCAUCUCAAAUCCUCCCGAGCAGAUUUACGUCAUUUUCGAGAGUUUUUCCAGGUUUUCGGCUCUAAUUAAGGUUCAAAAUAGUGACAGGAAGUUCUUUCCGAAACAAAAACUUGGGGCUGAUCUCUUGCGAAAAAGUCGGUCUUGUAAGCUAAUGGAUGACGACGGCAUCCCGUCUUGAAUUCGUCGCCUUCCAAUCAAAUUAACCGUUCGGUCAACAUCCGUAGGGCACAAAACUGUUGAUCGCAUUUGGCUGAACAACGAAAAUUGCACUACGGGGUGGGCAGAUCUCGGAUCGAUGCGUCAGCUUUCCAGUUUCGUUCCUUGCACAAAGGACAACUAGAGUAGCUGCCGAACGGCAUCACCAACAAAGGGAAUUUCGGUGUGUUGUUGCCGAGGUGUCUCUGUUCUUCAUUGUCCUGUCCUUGUCUCGACGGUUUACACACAUUUACGCGCACCCCUGCAACACAUUUAUUGGUGGUUUUGAACACUCUCCGAGGAGUAUUAUCUUCAAAACCAGUUUUUUUGAGAAGCUGCGGUUCUUAUAUGUUGUUUUUUUUUCGCGCAACAUUUUCCCCCUGUUACAUCAUCUUUGAACUUUCGAAUAGUUUAGAAUCGCGUUUGAUUUUUUGAUCCUUUCUAAGCUGAUUUUUUUUCCAAUGAAGUAAUGAGAAAGAAUGGUCCAUAGGCAAAGUCGGAAGGGCCCUUUACGGGCCCUUUGCCGUUAUGGUUCAUAAGGUUUCCAUUAUUUGUUCCUAAACGGGUUCCUUUUUACUGCCUUUUCCCGUCCAUUCAUCGGCCUUUAUCCAGCCUUUUUGGACCCUUUCAAGAAACUCAAAAGUUUUUUAAAUUGAAAGUAAUCUUUACCAGUGACUGUGUAAGAACCAAAAUGUGCUACAGUAGUUAAAUCAGAACUCAUCAAUUGCCGAGACUUUCAGCACCCUUUUUUCAACCUUUUCGCGGCUUUUUAGCCCACCAUGAAAUAAAGGCUCAAUAAAGGAAAAAAAAUGCAAAGUGGCCGCAAAACGGAACCCUUUUAGCGGCCACAUUGCAGCCGUUUUCAGUAAUUCUGACUUUAGAAGUGUCACAAAAUGAUAAAGUUUUGAAAUUUUCAAAAUUAAACGAUAUUCUUGAAAUCCUUCUCAUGUUAUAGCCCGCCCCCCAUUAAUUUCAUUAGUUUUUCAGGUUUUCUUUGAAUCAAAGAAAUACAAAAUAAAAAAAUAAAUAAAUGAAAUAGGACUUUGAGGGAAGGCGCAUUGAUAGUUGCCAAGAUCUACCUUCGCCGCGAAAAUUGAACCGCCUGUUCGCUGUCCCAAGCCAGCCGUGAACGGGCUAUAGCUCUCAGCAAAUUUUCUCAGGGCAGAAAAUGUUCCAAUAAGAAGUCAAAAAAGGUCUUCCCCAAACUGUAAACCACGAAAAAGGUUGAAAAAGGUUAUACGCAGUAAUAAACGGCCCAUCGGUCAAGGUCACACGAAAUGUGACUUUGUACUUUUAUCAAAGAAAUAUCACACGAGUUUGCGUUCAUCGAUUGGGAGAAUUUCCAGGAAAACUGCCAGAAGACUUUCUGGCGUCUCUUCCGAUGUCGAAGAAGAGCGAGCCGAAACUGGAGGAGUUUGAGCUAGAGUUCGGACCCGGCUACGUACAACGCAAAGACUCGAGCAAGACCAAGUUCUCGACGACCGUCAAGUACAUCGAGGCAAGGCGGGAGAGCCUCUGGUCGGCCAACACCGUCAUCAGCGAGCCGGUCAGUCUUGAUAAUCGUUGAUCAUAGAGUUUUCCCAGAAAUAUUUGAAGAAUAAAUGGAAGCUGACUCAUGGUUGGUCUGAGCCAUGAAAAAAUGGGUCUUGAAACGAUGAGAAAAAAGAUAGGGUCUGCUUAGAGAGCGCAGCUAUUAAACAGUUCCAGGAAGCAAAUUUUGAGUUUCUCCAGAGUUUUUAGGCUUGAAAUUGCUCCCACGGGUACUUUUGACUCUUCUGACUGGUAAUGACGAAAAAAUUAACUUACCUAACAGAAAAGGUCAUUUUGGAAAUUUUCUGUGUUCCUCAAAAUUCACAAAACUUUUACGUAACUUUUUCGGGAUAGGACCGAGUCAAGGGCUCAACUUCCAAAAUUGGAAGUUUACGUAGGCACCACGAGCCAUUUCUCGAAAAAAGUAAUGCCUAGUCGAAUCCAAUGUCAUCGGAUAGAACAGAUUGUCCAGAAAUCAAAUCAGCUUAGAUUUUCAAAAAAUUUUGACUUUGAGCCGAGUUAUGAAGCUUUUACUGACGCGCGGGAAAACCAAAAAAUCUGGCGUUUUCCGAACUUUCGGCUGAUUAUAUUCAACCGUUUUUAAAUCGGUUUUUUGUUGAAAAAUGAUGAGAAUGCCUCUCUUAUUGUUAUUAACCCAGUUUAAGGUUUUUACAAAAAUAAUUAGUUCGAAAAAUAAGAAAAAUGAAUUUUUUAUUAGCGCUUUGCUCACUAACAGAGCUUCAAACCAGUUUUUUAACCGAAAAAAUGUCAAUUUCGGUACAAUGAAGGGACGAGGCUUUGCGCUCCGUAAGUUUACGCGAAAUUACAGAUUGUUCAUAUCCUGAAGAAAGGUCGAAUUUUUAAAAAAGAACAUCAAAAUUUUAUCAAAAAAAAAGAUCGAAAAGUAUCAUUCGAGGUCAUUACUCUUGCGAAACCACCUGAUUAGAAGUUUUAAAAAUUCUUUUUGAAGGCUACGGACACGACGCAGAUGCCGCUGGAACCGCCGCCGCCAACCCUGAAGACUGUGAGCUCGGUGCCGUCGCGACUGAUGAAGCAGGACUCCUGCGAUUCGGCGAAGAAGACCCGGUUCAGCGACACGGUCUCCGUGAUAAGCGUCGAGUCGCUGGCGCGCCGAUGA